AUGUCAGACUCAGCACCUCUGGCGUCCGAAAAGGAGCCGUGGAAUACCAAAAGCAAGGAAAAAUUCGAGACGAAAUCCAAGUCCGAGUUCUACGAUCCGUGCCAAGAGGCCGCCCAGCGAAGUUACAAGUGGCGUAUCGGGACUGCAAGGCUGCUUGGGUACGUACGAGUUUUGGAUGAGAGCACGGAUUUGCUGCGCAACGGGGCUAUAAAGGACGCCGAACUGAUGUCGAGCAGACUGAGCGGCGAAAGAAAGAACGAGGGGGCUUCUUGGGAUGAUCUGGCCAUGGACGACAUCUGGAUGUGA